CGCGCUAUUCCAUCCCGUAAAGAUGCUUAAAAUGGUGCAAAUAUACAGUAUAUAAUGCGUUAUAUGUGGAGUACACGGGUUUUCAUGUAAUGAUGCGGCAUGCGCGCUUCAUAGGCUCGUGUUUAGGCAGCCUGUGUUUGGUCAGUGCAUGGGGGAGCUGUGUGUGGUGCAGAGGAGGCAGGAGAUCCCUGAGGGAGGACUGCAUUGGCACUGUUCGGCUGCACAGGGAACGGGUUUCUCUGAUGAAAACAUCUCAGAAGUGAUCUGGAAACAAAAUUGCAAACACGCAGGUGAACCAUGCAGACUUGGGACAUUUAGAUCGUUUUUAUGUUUAGUAACGAGCUUUCGUGAGUUGCAGUUACAAGUGAUCUGAAGCCUGCUAUGGAGGACCUCUUGAGUCAAAAUGAGUCUGAGCACUGACAAUGUCACAAACUUGUGGAAAAAUGGUUCCUCGGAGGAACUCGGCGGGACUCCGGGCGCGUCUUCCCCGGUCAGCUUCACCAACGGCUCUGGGGGGAACCACACGGAGGUGGACCUCAACCGAGCCAUCCCGCUCGCCCUGGUGCUGGGGGCUUUCAUCGUGUUCGCCAUCGCGGGCAAUAUCCUCGUCAUCCUCUCGGUGAUGUGCAACAGGCACCUGCGGACACCGACACACUACUUCAUCAUCAACCUGGCCAUUGCCGACCUGCUGCUAGGCACCACGGUGCUGCCGGUGUCCGCCACUCUGGAGAUCUUAGACUAUUGGGUGUUUGGCAGGAUAUUCUGUGACAUUUGGGCGGCGGUGGAUGUGCUGUGCUGCACCGCGUCCAUCAUGAGCCUGUGCGUAAUAUCCAUCGACCGCUACAUCGGAGUGAGCUACCCGCUUCAGUACCCGGGCAUCGUGACGGAGAAGCGUGCUAUACUGGCCAUGCUCGGGGUGUGGGUGCUGUCGGUGGUCAUCUCCAUCGGACCUUUGCUCGGGUGGAAGCAGCCGCCGUCGCCGGACGACACGGUGUGCCCCAUCACAGAGGAGCCGUUUUACGCGCUCUUUUCCUCCCUCGGCUCCUUCUACAUCCCUCUCAUCGUGAUCCUGGUUAUGUACUGCAGAGUGUACAUAGUCGCCAAACGGACCACAAAGAACCUGGAAGCCGGUGUGAUGCGCGAGAGGAUGAACUCGGGAGAGCUGACCCUCAGGAUCCACAAGGGUUCUCAGGUGCAGGAAGACCCCGGCAGUUCAAGCACCGGCAAGGGCCGCGCGCACCAAGCCAGAAGUUCCCUCACGGUAAAACUUCUGAAAUUCUCCCGGGAGAAGAAAGCUGCAAAAACUUUGGGAGUUGUGGUCGGCAUGUUUACGCUUUGUUGGCUGCCCUUCUUUCUCGCCUUACCGAUAGGGUCUUUUAAUGUGAACCUGCGCCCACCAGAACUUCUCUUUAAAGUGAUCUUCUGGCUGGGCUACUUUAACAGCUGCCUCAACCCCAUCAUCUACCCCUGCUACAAUCGUGAGUUCAAGCUGGCCUUCAUCCGCAUCCUACGAUGCCAGUUUCACCAUCGUAAACGUCCCGGAUGGAGGGCCUACAAUUACCGCUCCUCCAACUUCAGCUCCUCCGGACACUCGCGCAAAGGCUCAACAGAUCACAACUCUAGCUGCUUGAAUGGCAGCCAGCAUACACUGCCCUCUUCAGCCAGCCCAAGCCCCAGCUUCCUGAGCAAAGGUCUUCCACCUUGCCCUGAAGGGGAAACAUUAUACAUUUGGGGGGGCACCACCCCAACUCCCUCCACACCCAACCUGCUGCCUGGCAGCCCUGCAGACUUCCAGCAGGGAGCUCUGAGAGGGGAGGGAAGAGGAGGGAAACCAGCUGAGGGGACGACAGGUGGUAUUUUCUCUUUCUCCUUUGGGAAGAAUAGAGACAAGGGAGUGGUCAACAAAAACAGCAUGAUGCCCAAUGACAAUGUGUGACUGUUGAGUCUUACUGAGAUGUGAAUUGUUACUCAAAGGAUUAAAGUCACAAACAGAAUUUCAAAGGUUUGCUGCAUUCACUGUAUAUGGUCCUGUGAUCAUUCAUCAGAUAGUGGAUUGUUGUUGUCAUUAGUGGUCAGUGUAAGGUGAAGGUAAUGAAGUAUUGAUUAUGCUGCUUUAUCAGAGGUAUUUUUCCUAUGUUACUGUAUAUGUGGUUGACUGGUUUCUUUCAUUGAACAGUAAGGGGUUCAAGACAGUUAAUCAAAUUUACUGUUCACCACCCUCUUUGGGACUGUAAAGACACCAGUGCAUGCAUUUUAAUUAAACAAAAAAGACACUUGAAGGAAAAAGGACAUACUGUCAGAACCCUAAUAGCCUUCCCUUCAGUCAAAAGUCCAUGUAUGCCCUGUAAACAUCUGACAAAGAACCUGGCUCAUGUAAAAAGUGUGUGAUAAUAUAAGACAAAUGAUCACCUUUCUGUUGUCACUUGAUAUCGUCAUGGUAUGUUGUGAAAAUAAAGUAUAACCUGGUUUAUCUGCUGUGCACACAAUCA